AUGAGCCUCGAGGCGAAACCCGAAAGCGAAAACGACGUCGCCCUCAAUUCUAAAGACGAAUUACAUGAGGACGGCUUCGACCAAGAGAUCCAGCGUGCUAUCGCUGAGCACGAGAGGGAGCUUCUGAGACACCAGCUCCAGGCGGGCCAUGAAGAAGAGGCCCGUGAGGGGGGUAAUAAUGCUGGAAUUGAAGGCAUAGAGCAGCAAGAAGCAGAGAUUGAGAAAAGUGCCUCGCAAAAAGCUGUAGAAGGAGGAACAGAGGCUCCACCCGCCCCUCAGGUUGAACAAGCUCAGGAGGGAGAGCAGGCUCGUGAGAGCUUCAAUGGCAAGAUAGCAAGCGAGCCUUCAACGAAUAACGAGGCUGAAGCUGAAGAUGCUAAUGUGUUCUCUUCUUCCGCAGAGAAGCAUCACUUGGAACUUAUAGCGGAUGAGCUCAAGAAGGCUACUUCAGACACCAUCGAGACCAAAUCAGGUAAACCAACCCACAUUCCUGCUGAUUCUGAGCUUCUUGCCACAAACACCGCUUUGGCUGCCUAUAACGCUCUUUCAAGUCAGGUGCCGCUGGCUGCCUCGCUAACGAACGUACAUUUGGCUGCUUUGCCCCUUCCGCUUGUCACCCCAGAUUACCUUCCAGCAAGAAUACAGUUGUUGAUGAACACCUUGCCAGUGCUUGACAACUUGGCUACCCAGCUUCUUCGAGUUUUUGUUGCUGGGCCAUACCAGAAAAUCAUCGAAAUAGCCUCCAGCCCGGACACACCUCAGGGAGCCGCCUUCAGGGAUUUGGCGUCUCUUUUUGAAUUCACAAAAAGACUCUAUUCUGAAGAAGACCCUUUCCUUACGGUUGAACACUUGGCACCUGGAAUGUGGAAAGAAGGCGACACCACGCCCAGCAUGUUUAGGUAUAGGGAACAGAGCAUAGAGUCGAGUUUACGAAAAGUCAAUUUGGCCACCUUCUUGGCGGCCUGUUUGGGAACUAUCGAGCUUGGAUUCUUCUACUUGAAUGAAUCUUUCUUGGAUGUGUUCUGUCCGUCGAAUAAUCUAGAGCCAGCAAAUUCCAUGUCGAACAUGACCUCGUCAAAUAUGAGUCUUCAAAGUGGUGUAAACACAGUGAUCGGAGACAAGGUCGGUAAGUUACUCAAGCCACAAGCUGUCUUGUACUUAGACUUGAAAACACAGGCGUACAUCUCGGCGAUUGAGGCUGCGGAAAGAACAAGAGAAGAGAUUCUAGAAGACAUUUUCCCCAGCAACAUGGAAGAGAUUCUUCUCAAGAAGCGAGGUGUCAAAAACUUAGCGCCGAUAGAGUCUGAUUUCAUUUCGCGAUGCAAGGCUAGGAAGAAAACUCUUCUUGAGUACCCAGUCGAGGGAAACCUUAGUGAAGAAUACGAAUGGUUCACCUUUUUGAAAGACCUUUUCGACUACAUCUCCAAAAACAUGGGGUUCCUCAUAUGGGGUAAGAAGGGCAAGAGCGCUCCGAGAGAGCGUACACAUACAACGCCGCAUAGCGAUCAGACCCUACAAGGCUCACAUCGCCUGGCUGAAGUCAAAGCGAUGUCGCCGACCCAGGAGAGCUUCAGUGGACAACAACAAAAUGAUAGCAGCGAAAUCACCCAUGCUAGGGACAAUCAGACACCACAGUCCAACGAUACGGAGAUCAAUGAGAUCACAUCGGCUCUUCUACCGAGCGAGAUAUUGGAACAACAGAUACACCUUCGUAUCAACCCUCGCCAGUCAAGCAAGCUUACAAACAGACGACCCUGGACACGAGAUGAGGAGAAGGCUCUACGCCAUGCUUUGGAACUCAAAGGACCGGCAUGGUCCACGAUUUUGGAGCUCUUUGGUCCUGGCGGUCGUAUCAAUGAGUCGCUUAAGAACAGGACGCAAGUGCAGCUCAAAGAUAAAGCUCGUAAUUGGAAGAUGUUUUUUUUGAAACUGGGUCUUCCUGUACCAGUGUACUUGCAAAAAGUUACGGGAGAUCUAGAAAGGGAGGACAAGUUCAAGGCCAAGAAUGCAAGGCAGAAGAAGACGGCCGCAGCGCCAGUACCAGCAGUUGCGAAACGAGAAGACAUUGAAGAAGAGGACGCAAAGAAGGGAUCUAAGAAAAGAAGGAAGCUGUAG